AUAGGCUGCCUGUCGCCCAGGAUAGCUGCAUAAAUGCUAGGAGCAGCAGCUCUCCGGUUUUGAGGUGGGGAGAACGGGGUGACGUCAUCGCUUCGGAGCUGCUGCAGGAUGGAGUGGAAAGCGGCUGCUGAUGGCAUUGUUUUCGUGGCAGCAGCUGAAUGACAGAUCCUCACUACAAAGAUACUCCGGUGGCCCCCGUGUAGGCCUCCUGGCUCGGGCGUUUCACCAUGCCCGCACAGCGCCAUGAGUCCCGGAUGCAUGCUGCUGUUGGUGUUUGGCUUUGUUGGCGGGGCGGUGGUCAUUAAUUCUGCUAUCUUGGUAUCGCUCUCUGUUUUGCUGCUUGUGCACUUUUCUAUUUCUACCGGUGUGCCAGCUCUGACGCAGAACCUACCAAGGAUACUCAGAAAAGAACGCCCUAUAUCACUAGGGCUUUUCCCUCUACCUGCGGGAGAUGGAUUGCUUACACCUGACACUCAGAAAGGUGGAGAGACCCCUGGAUCGGAGCAAUGGAAAUUUCAGGAAUUAAGUCAGCCACGUUCUCAUACCAGCCUGAAGGAUGAACUUUCUGAUGUUAGCCAAGGAGGAUCUAAAGCUACCACUCCAGCAUCAACAGCUGCUUCAGAUGUGUCAGCACUUCCUACUGACACGCCCUUAAAGGAAGACACUGAAGGAUUUGUGAAGGUUGCAGAUGCACCAAAUAAGGCAGACAUAGGCAAGCAUAUUGAAAUUCAAGUAGCCCAAGAAACUAGAAAUGUGUCAACAGGCUCUGCGGAAAAUGAAGAGAAGUCAGAAGUUCAAGCGAUCAUCGAAUCCACCCCUGAGUUGGACAUGGACAAAGAUCUCAGUGGAUAUAAAGGCUCAAGCACUCCCACCAAAGGCAUAGAGAACAAAGCUUUUGAUCGCAACACGGAAUCGCUCUUUGAAGAACUGUCCUCAGCUGGCUCAGGCCUAAUUGGAGAUGUGGAUGAAGGAGCAGAUUUAUUAGGGGAAUAUUCUGAACAUAAUUUCUUUGGAAUGGGUCGUGAAGUUGAGAAUCUUAUAUUAGAAAAUACACAACUGUUGGAAACCAAAAAUGCUUUGAAUGUAGUGAAGAACGAUUUGAUAGCAAAAGUGGAUGAACUGACCUGUGAGAAAGAUGUGCUGCAAGGGGAGCUGGAGGCUGUGAAACAAGCCAAAUUGAAGCUGGAGGAAAAGAACAAAGAGCUGGAGGAAGAGCUGAGGAAAGCUCGUGCAGAAGCUGAAGAUGCAAGGCAAAAAGCAAAAGAUGACGACGAUAGUGAUAUUCCCACUGCCCAGAGAAAGCGGUUUACUAGAGUAGAAAUGGCCCGAGUUCUAAUGGAGAGAAACCAGUAUAAAGAGAGAUUGAUGGAGCUUCAGGAAGCUGUUCGAUGGACAGAGAUGAUUCGAGCAUCAAGAGAAAAUCCAGCCAUGCAGGAAAAAAAAAGGUCAAGCAUCUGGCAGUUUUUUAGCCGACUUUUUAGCUCCUCAAGUAAUACUACUAAGAAACCCGAACCACCUGUUAAUCUGAAGUAUAACGCACCCACCUCUCAUGUUACUCCUUCUGUCAAGAAAAGAAGCAGCACCUUAUGUCAGCUCCCUGGGGACAAGUCCAAAGCCUUUGACUUCCUUAGUGAAGAAACUGAAGCUAAUUUAGCCUCACGCAGAGAACAGAAGAGAGAACAGUAUCGUCAGGUGAAGGCCCAUGUGCAGAAGGAGGAUGGAAGAGUGCAGGCUUUUGGCUGGAGCCUGCCUCAGAAGUACAAACAGGUAACCAAUGGUCAAGGGGAAAAUAAGAUGAAAAAUUUACCUGUGCCUGUCUGUCUCAGGCCUCUAGAUGAAAAAGAUACAUCCAUGAAGCUGUGGUGUGCUGUUGGAGUCAAUUUAUCUGGUGGGAAGACCAGAGAUGGCGGUUCUGUGGUUGGAGCUAGUGUGUUUUACAAGGAUGUUGCUGGUUUGGAUGCAGAAGGCAGUCAGCAGCGGAGUGCAUCUCAGAGCAGUUUAGACAAGCUCGAUCAGGAACUGAAGGAACAGCAGAAGGAGUUAAAAAAUCAAGAAGAAUUAUCUAGUCUAGUCUGGAUCUGUACUAGCACCCAUGCAGCUACAAAAGUGAUUAUUAUUGAUGCUGUUCAACCAGGCCACAUCCUAGACAGUUUCACUGUUUGCAAUUCGCACGUCCUGUGUAUAGCAAGUGUACCAGGAGCACGAGAAACAGACUACCCUGCAGGAGAAGAGCUUUCAGAAUCGGGACAGGUGGACAAAGCAUCUUUAUCUGGAAGCAUGACAAGCAAUAGCUCAGCAGAGACAGACAGCCUGUUGGGAGGCAUCACGGUGGUUGGUUGUUCCGCAGAAGGUGUGACAGCAGGUGCCACGCCCCCUAGUACCAACGGUGCUUCUCCAGUGACAGAAAAGCCACCAGAAAAGGAAGCAGAAAGUAGUGAGAUUGAUGAAAAUGUUCCGACGGCAGAAGAAGCAACUGAAGCCACAGAAGGCAAUGCAGGGUCAGCUGAAGACAACAUGGACGUCUCCCAAACGGGCGUGUACACAGAGCACGUCUUCACAGAUCCUUUGGGAGUUCAAAUCCCAGAAGACCUCUCACCAGUGUAUCAGUCAAGUAAUGACUCAGAUGCAUAUAAAGAUCAAAUAUCAGUGUUGCCAAAUGAACAAGACCUGGUGAGAGAAGAAGCCCAGAAAAUGAGUAGCCUUUUACCAACUAUGUGGCUUGGAGCUCAGAAUGGCUGUUUGUAUGUCCAUUCAUCUGUAGCCCAGUGGAGGAAAUGUCUCCAUUCUAUUAAACUUAAAGAUUCGAUUCUCAGUAUUGUACACGUGAAAGGAAUUGUGUUAGUGGCCCUGGCUGAUGGCACCCUUGCUAUCUUUCACAGAGGAGUUGAUGGGCAGUGGGAUUUGUCAAACUAUCACCUGUUAGAUCUCGGGCGGCCUCACCAUUCUAUUCGAUGCAUGACUGUGGUACAUGACAAAGUCUGGUGUGGCUAUCGGAACAAAAUCUAUGUGGUUCAGCCAAAGGCCAUGAAAAUCGAGAAAUCAUUUGAUGCACACCCCAGGAAGGAGAGCCAGGUGCGGCAGCUUGCGUGGGUAGGUGAUGGCGUGUGGGUCUCCAUUCGUUUGGAUUCCACCCUCCGUCUCUAUCAUGCACACACUUACCAACAUCUACAGGAUGUGGACAUUGAGCCUUAUGUAAGCAAAAUGUUAGGUACUGGAAAACUGGGCUUCUCUUUUGUGAGGAUCACAGCCCUGAUGGUGUCCUGUAAUCGUUUGUGGGUGGGGACAGGAAAUGGUGUCAUUAUCUCCAUCCCACUGACAGAAACUGUAAUCCUCCACCAGGGACGUUUACUGGGGCUGAGGGCAAAUAAAACCUCAGGAGCACCAGGAAAUCGCCCUGGAAGUGUGAUCCGUGUGUAUGGUGAUGAAAACAGCGAUAAAGUGACUCCAGGGACGUUCAUACCCUAUUGUUCAAUGGCACACGCUCAGCUUUGCUUCCAUGGGCAUCGGGAUGCGGUGAAAUUCUUCGUGGCCGUCCCAGGUCAGGUUGUCAGCCCACAAAGUGGCAGUAGUGGCACAGAUCUGACAGGUGACAAAGCAGGGCCAUCUGCUCAGGAGCCUGGCAGCCAGACGCCCUUGAAGUCUAUGCUUGUCAUCAGUGGAGGAGAGGGCUACAUCGACUUCCGGAUGGGUGAUGAAGGUGGAGAAUCAGAGCUGCUGGGAGAGGAUCUUCCACUUGAACCUUCUGUUGCCAGAGCGGAAAGGAGUCACUUGAUAGUGUGGCAAGUGAUGUAUGGCAGUGAGUGAGCCCAUAGGACACAGGUGGAGACGGGCAUGCCGUCUCUUCUGCAUGGUUCUUUCCCUUCCUCUUUAUUUAAUGCUCUCUUUGUGAAAAAAGAUGCACCACAUACUGUGUGAGCAUUUCCCCCCGUUAACUUCACAUUAUAAAAUCUGUCCCACUGUCAUAAUACAGGAACUAGCUGUUUUACUGCACCAGUGUUAUAGGCAAUUUCAGUGUGUUAUGAACAAAUCAAAGAAUGUUUACUUUCUACAAACUGGUGAAUUCUAGAAAGCAAUCCAGAUGUGGUUUAUUCUGCCGCAGCGAAUAUCACUCACUUCAUUUGAUGGAGUCACUUUUUAGCUGUCACUAAUAAUGGAAUCAAUGGAAACACUUGAUAAGUGAAACUGUACCAUUAAGGACAGUCGUAAAGUUUCCCUCAAUGUAUUAUAAACUGACACAAAUUAAUACUGGGUGGAUCAUCAAGAUUUAUCUAAUGUCCCAAGAGGGCUAAAAGCUAACUGUAAAUUACUUAACUUUCACUUUCAAGUCUGAAAAAUCUUGUUUAUAUGGUAUAUAAAAACUUUGUUUUCAUCAGAUGGGGGGGUUUUAUAUUAAAGAAAUUAAGACUACACUAUUUAAAUAAAUGUUUCCUAUUUCUGACUUAUUAGAGCUCUAAAGUUUAUGAGGCCUGCUUCUCUGAAUAUGCUAAAUUUUUUUGAGGCUAGUUUCACUCAUUUUCAUACUAAUAUGUCUGAAAGUUUGUACUUAGAAGGCUUAGAAGAUAGGCAUCAGCAGUGAGAGGAUUUUUUAAAAAGGAAAUUGUUUUGGAUUCUUUGUAUCAGAGGACGGUUGAGUUUUUUUUUCAUGUAAAAAAAUUAACUGUUUACUAAUUGUUCUUGGGCCGCCCUAAGCAGUUAAUAGGAGUAAAGCUGUGUUGUUGAUGGAACGUGGCCUAAUGGACCGAGAGAGAGAGACUUGAUUAGAAACGGUCGUUUCUCUUGUUCUGUAGGAAACUACAGAACCGCUUGCACUUGAUAUUUUGUAUGUAAAUGACACAUCAGAGCUUUUAUGCCCUUGCAAGAUUAAAAUGCCAUCGUCAAAGAGGAAAACCAUGAAGGGCAAGACCACAAACCAAGACACCACGGAGUAGAUGCUGACACAUCUUUUCACCCUCAAUGCCCAUUUAAAAAGUAGAGUCUACUCUACCCCGUUUAAUACGUUUUUUAAGAACCAUUAUGCUGCGGUUUUUUCCCUCUCAAGCUUCUCGAAAAUGUGUGAUUUAUCAUUUUUUACUCAUUACUUUAAGCAAAGCUAAAUAUGAAUGUAAGUGCUAUUUUUAAAAUACAAACCUGUUGGAUAACAACCCCUUACCAGGACUAUCAAAGAGAAGAAAGCAGACACAGGCCCGUCUCAGUAGUCUGCCAGGAAUUAUUUUCUGAACUGUCGUGUAAAGGUAGUUGUAAAAAGUACGCCUUGUCUUUGCUUCAUACACAUGAUGAGGGUAGCUUAUAAAACACACGAGCUCUAAGGAGCUGGAGCGGGCCUUUGGGUCCGUGGCGACAUGUGUCUGUGAGCACAUCGUGUGGCAGUACAAGUGUGGCUGCUGUAGACGACUAGAAGAAAAACCUCUUCUUAAAAGGAUCAUGUUCUUGCUUAAGCUGCGUGCUUUUCUUCAGGCCACCUUUCCAGGACCCCCCAUAACAGGUUUAUAUUCUUGUAGCGUUCGCUUUGGUCAAGGUGGUAACAGGGAGAAAAUGCUAACAAGUAAGCUGCUUGCAGGCAGCAAAGCAGUUGGUGUGAACUGCCUGUAGCUUGCAUGUCAAGGGCAGAAAAGAAGUACCUGGGGUUGGUCUCUGUGUAAAAAAAAAAAAAAGAAAGAAAAAGAAAAAUUACCCUGUGGGUCAAACGACCCGGAUUCCGAGAAUUUCCUCAUUUUAUUACGCUUCGGUUCUAUGUGAGGCUGAGCCACGUGACACUGCGGUCAUCACCCCUUGCUGCUCUGCAAGAAUGGCCGUGUGGCACCAUGAGCCUGGCACUUACGGGACUGUGAAGGCCGGCUGAGCUCCCUGAGCAAAGGGAGGGUAUUCUCUAGGAACUCAGUUUUGAGAGCAUUUUUCUCAAAUUCCUGUGGAUCUAAAAUUUUAAAAUAGGAAUGAAUAUCUUAAUAACUGCAGAUUAUUGAGAGUGUACAAGGUUUUGAGCACAACAUAUGCAGCACAUAACUUUCCCAGUUAGUGCGUUUGCACAGAAGAGGUUAACAUGCCUUCUCUCGGUUGCCGUGGUGUUCCUUUCUUGUGAAGGUCUUCCCGCAUUGAGAACAGACCCUCUACGGUGGCUGCCUUAGAAACACAACAAAGCAAACAGUUGUCAUACAAUGUUAACUGUCCUGAAGAAUGCGUGUCUUGCAAAUGCUUGGAAUUGAGUAUUUAUUUCCUUGUGAGUAUUAUGACCGUUACCAAAGGACUCAGCCAGACUUAGAGCUCUUCUUCAUUGAUCAUGUUUGUCACAUGGGAAGAGCAGAGAGAAUUAAACGUGGAAAUCAUAAAUGCUUUUCUAACAGGGUUAUGCUGUUUUAUAACACAAAAUGUCUUUUUCUUUCUCUCUAAAAAAUUAAGUUGUUAUUAAUGUCAUACAUUUCUCAAUAUUUGAAUAUAUAUUUUAACCAUUUUAUGUUCUGACUUCGGUUUUUGUCCUAGACAUUUUAUCCAGCAUAUUACUUGCCUCUGUAAUCUGAAAAAUGGGUUCUAGAUCGUCCUACUUUCCGUCUCUUGAAGGCUGAGGCUUCAUUUCUAUGAGCAAGACGCUCAUUUAGCAAUGUAGUUAUUUCAGUAUUUAUUUCUAUUAUGGAAUCCCUGGGGUUCGGAAUGUAACUUUGUACAUGAAAUAUAUAUAAAUAUGUAUAUGAAACAUG